AUGUCAUCGUACCAAGGAAAUAAGAAAGAUCGGUACGAAAUCUUUCGCAUUCGUCAAGGCAUGAGGCUUAGAAGUAAUGAUGAGGCAUAUAUCGAUUGCAGUAGCAGUCCUAUGAUCGACGGAUUUCAGCACACAAUACGGGUUUACAAUAACAGAGGAGCAACAGGAAAUCAAAGAGGAGUCAAUCCUGAGCAAACAUAUGGAGGCAAAAGUACAUCAAACUGUAGUUAUCAGCAAGAUUUUGGUGAAAACUUAGGUCCAUUGGUUACUUAUGGAAUCGAUGAUGAAUCCACGCCAGGUGAUAAUAAACUUAUUUUUUCUAGUAAUUUGGAUGUACGAAUUCAUUCAUAA